AGUUUGUUGACACAGGAACGCCGGGUAACGCAUGCGGAUCUCGUCGAGAAGCUUGCCGAUAAGGACAGACGCCGACUGCCUUAUAGGCAAACGUCUCGACGGGAUCCGCUAAGGAACGACGUCUAUCUCAAAUCUGAGAGGGCGACUCUGAUCGGGCAGUCGCUUUUGGCAAUUGGCCUGGGGUACAUUCAUUUUAAGAGCACCGAUGCAACCGUCCAGGACCAAUACACUCAGCUUCGCUCAGGCCCCUCAGCACACUGGAGCGCGAAUGCCGGCAUCCACCUUGCAUCCAUCGAGCAGGAUCCCUCCAUCACGUCAUUCUUGCAACACGCCGCACAACCUGCGUUUCCCGGUCUGCGCAUGACAAGGCCGUCGUUUCGCGUUCACAUUGUCGGGUACGGAGCGUGGUUUAACCAGAUGCACGUCUACCCUGAACGCGGAGGGCUUACUAUAGAGCAAGCCGCAAUUGCCCUCACCAGGGUCAUUCGUCGAGCCUACAAUGUGCGUGUUGUGCCUAGGUCAUGCGCACGCUACUUCUGCUCACUCUCCUCGCAGUACCACGUCGGAAUGAUAUGCAUGCCGGGCGGCGUCCAGCUUGGGCCGACGGGAAUUGUCUUUGAGCAAUUGUACCUCGUCGAGGUGCACCAGGUCUCGAGUGCCUCCAUCCAAAUCACCCUAGCAUUUGAGACAUUAGCAUGA